AUGCGGAAAGGUCAGCUAGAGGCUAUUCAGUCUACUGAGCCGACUGGGAAAGGCGUGAGUGGUAGCUGCUUAUCAGCUCCAGGUGUUCGUGGCGGUAAUGGAGAAGGCGCCCUCUGGCUGCUCGGGUUUCGGGUGUGGGAACCCAAGGCCAACGGCGAUCCCGUUCGCAACGGGGCGGGCCAUGGAGGGCUGAAUGGUGUGAUGGGUGACAUGCGCAGAGGAUCAGGCCUUCCUUGA